AUGUGUAUGAAAAGACAGUUCAUGUUUCUUUCGUUACUCGUUCCUGGUCCUAAAAACCCUAAGGGCAACUUGGAUGUUUACAUGCAGCCGCUCAUACACGAGUUGAAACAGUUGUGGGAAGUUGGGGCAAAUACUUACGAUAUUUCGAGAAAACAAAAUUUCAAUCUUCGAGCAGCCAUCCUAUGGACCGUUAGUGACUUCCCGGCUUAUGGUAUGUUAUCUGGUUGGACCACAACCGAUAAGAAGGCUUGUCCAUAUUGUAUGGAGAAAAGCAAAGCAUUUUGGCUCGAAAAUUGUGGUAAGGUUUCUUGGUUUGACUGCCAUCGUCAAUUCCUUCCGACAAAUCAUCCUUUUCGAAAUAGUAAAAAUGCAUUUUGUAAAAACAAAGUCAAAAAAGGUUCACCACCUCACAUCAUGUCAGGAGAGGAACUUUGGGAAUGUGUGAAAAACCUCCCAAAAGCAACAGAUGGCCCCGAGGCACUGAAACGUGUCACGAAUGCAAAAAAAGGGUGGUUCAAGCAAAGCACUCUAUGGGACCUUCCAUAUUGGAAACAUCUGCUUGUUCGUCACAACUUAGAUGUCAUGCACGUUGAAAAAAACUUUUUUGAUCAGUUGAUUCACACUAUAAUGGACGUGAAAAAGCAAUCUUGUGACACCCCAUCAGCUCGGAAUGACAUUGCUAAAUACUGUAAACGGCCCCAACUACAUCUUCAAGAGGAUGAUAGAGGAAAAGAAUUCAUGCCAAAGGCUCCAUUUGCUCUUGAUAAGGCUCAGAGAAAGGUUUUGUGUGAGUGGGUCAAACAGCUGCGGUUUCCUGAUGGUUACGCUUCCAAUUUGAGCCGAUGCUUUGAUUUGCAAUCAGGUUCCAUAUGCAACGCUUAUCUCACUGAAGAGAUAUCAAACUUCUGCUUCAAUUACUUUCAGCCCUCAAUUGACACAAAAACACGAGAUCUAGGUCAAAAUGUGAAUGCUGAUGUGGAAUCCCCGGCUGACAACAAUGAAAUCCCAGAGUUGUUCACGGUGGAUAAGGGUCGUGUGUCAAAUUUGGGUAAAACUCGGUAUUUAGAUGACAAGGAACUUGAACGUGCUCAUUUGUUCGUUUUAAGAAAUACCGGCAUUCUUGGUGAAUACGAAAGGCAGUUUGAGGACUACAUUCUUAGUACUCGAACUUAUUUGCGUCGAGAAGAUGUCAUGGAGAAAUGCGAAAGUGAAUUCCCUAAUUGGUUUCAUCACAAGAUAUUUGUCGGUGGCUUUAAUUUCCACACACAGUCCUAUGGCAAACACAAAUCUACGAUGAAUUACGGGGUGUGUGUCUCAAGUGAGGACGGUGGAGAGUACUUUGGCAUUUUAAACGACAUAAUUGAACUUGUCUACACCGGUCCUGAAAAAGAGUACAAGACUAUUUUGUUUAGUUGUAGUUGGAUGGAUUGUGGUAAAGGAAUGAACAUUCAUGAACAAUACAAGCUUGUCGAAGUAAAUCAUACUAAGAAGUAUCCCAAGUAUGAUCCAUUUGUCUUAUCUUACCAAGUGUCUCAAGUGUAUUAUGCAUCUUACCCUAGCCUUAAACGUGAUCGGGUUCAAUGGUGGGCUGUAUUUAGAACUCAAGCAAGGUCGGUGAUUGAUGCUCCGGUGGAUUUAGAGUUUUUGCAGGGUCCUACCCCACAAGUACAUGCAACGCUUUGUCCACCAAAUGACAUUCCAGACUAUGAACUUGAUAGUGAUGAUGAUGAUGACGAUGGCUUUAUUAUCUCAAGCGAUGAAGAAGAAGAAAACAUUGGCUCCAGUGACAGUGACGAAGAAGAGGACAUCGAUGUAUUUUUAGAUGACACUAGUGAUAGUAAUAAUGAUAGUGAUAAUGAUAGUGGUAGUAGUGAUAAGAGUAAUGAAGAGGAGAAUAUGUAG